CUUGAUCUCUAUCUAUGUUAGGGAAAAUCCGCACUCCCACAGCCGCCAACAACGACAUUUCUGCCUCAUUGGCUCAGAUUGCCACUAUGACUAGCACGCCCACCGUUGGCAGGUUGUCGGCGGCGCUCAUCUCGCCGGCGGGGCCAACCCCAGGCGGCACCCUCCCUCUCUCCUCCAUCGACAAGACCGUUGGCGGCUUGGUGAACCUCAUCCAGGUCUUUCCCCCGUCCUCGCUCUCCUCCGCCCACGAUGGCCAGGGCGCCGCCGCCGCCGUGGCCGCGAUGCGCAUGGGGUUCGCGAGGGCGCUAGUGCCAUACUACCCGGUGGCUGGUCGCAUCUCCUCGUCCGGCCUCGCGGUGGACUGCACCGGCAUGGGCGUCUGGUUCGUGGAGGCCGCCGCUGGCUGCACGCUCGCCGACGUGGACGGCCUCGAAUGCUGCCCACUUCUCAUCCCCGGAGAGCUCCUCCUCCCGCGCCCUCCUCCAGGGGAGAAGCUCGACGGCCUCAUCCUCAUGGCCCAGGCGACGAGGUUCGCCUGCGGUGGGUUCGCCGUGGGGAUCAGCUUCAGCCACGCGGUGUUUGACGGGCAGGGCGCGGCGCAGUUCCUCACGGCCGUGGGGGAGCUAGCACGGGGGCUCCCGACGCCGUCGGUGGCUCCGGUGUGGGGCCGUGACGCGAUCCCUGACCCGCCGAGCCCGCUGCCGCCGCAGCUCACGGAGUUCAGGUUCGUGAACCAGGUGGCCGACAUCUCGGCGGAGAGCAUCCAGCGCGUCAAGGACGAGGUAAAGCAGGCUGCGGGGGAGGGUUGCUCCACCUUCGACGCGGUGACGGCCGUGGUGUUCAAGUGCCGCGCGCUGGCGCUGGCUGCGGCGCUCCCGGACGACGCCGAGGUCGGGGUCGGUUUCGCUGCCGGCACGCGGCACCUCCUCCGCGGCGUGCUGCCAGCGGUGGACGGGUACUACGGCAACUGCGUGUACCUCGCGUCCGUCGCGUGCACCGGCAGGGCCGUCCGGGAGUCGCCGCUGGCGGUGCUGGUCGGCGCGGUACGGGAAGCAAAGGAGGCCGUCGCCGCGGGGUUCGCGGACUGGAUGCGCGGCGUCGUUCGCCCCGACGUGCCGCUGGACUACAGCACGGCAAUCCUGUCGGACUGGAGCCGCCUCGGGUUCGACGAGGUGGACUACGGCUUCGGUGUGCCCAGUUACGUGUUCCCGCACAACCACCAUGUUGACUUCGUGCCGGCGCUGAACUACGUCAGCCCGCCGGCGCCCAGGCGCGGAGGCGGAGGCGGAGGUAUCCGGGUGGUGCUCCGCUGCGUCGAGGAACCGCACGCCGCCGUGUUAGCCGCCGAGCUCGCAAAAUUCGCCUAAUCAUUCUCCUGGUCCUUGGGCAUGUAGGACAUGUUCACGUGAGAUGAGACGUUUUAAACUCGGUGGUUGUCUGUACUGAAUAACUCGGCGGGGGCAAUUCCAUUUCCAUCAAUGAUGAUUUCGAAUGCAA